AUGGGCAGCAGUUUCCACACUCCCACGCUCACAAGUUACAAAAUCUUCCUGGAUCACAUUGGUAGAAGUCGCCUCUUUUCUUGCGCAAACUGUGAAACCAUCCUUACCAAUCGAGCUGAGCUCAUCUCCACACGUUUCACUGGAGCCACUGGCAGAGCUUUCCUCUUCAACAAGGUUAUGAAUCUGCAGCACAGUGGCACAGGAAGACACAUGGUGUGAGAUGUCAUCUGCAAGAACUGCAACAGCAAGCUUGGCUGGAUGUACGGAUUUGCCACAGAGGAAAGUCAGCGUUACAAAGAGGGACCUGUCAUCCUGGAGAGGAGGCUAGUGAGAGAGAGCGAAGGGUUCGAGCAUGUGCCUUCCGACAGUUCCUGA